AUGAUUUCCUCGUCCAGCGAUGGAGCUCGUUCCUCUCCUGAGCAGAGCAGAGGUGCGAACACCGAAGGCAUCAGAGGCCAACUGUCCGGGCACAAGGUGAAGGGAACCUUUAUAAACAGCGAGCGCUACAGCAGGUUCUCGCUGCAGCCGGCGGCGGACAGAGUGAGACACGUGGAGGUGAAACUGUCCGAUGAAGACGACGCCACGGGCGACGUCCCGGAGGUGGAGGCCCAGCCGGGCAGCUCACUGACGAGUCUCGGGCCAGAACCUCUGCGCCAUAGCCGUCGUAAUCUGUGCUACCUGGUGCUGGGGACACUGCUGGUGUUUGUCAUUGGAUACCUGGUUGGUUACGUCAGCCACCGUAAACUGGAGCCGGUGAAACCAGAAUUGAAUGAGGCUGUCGAAGCUCAGACAGAAAAUCAACCGCCAAAAACAACCGCGCCUAAAUUUGCGCCACCUACAGAUUUACCACUGCAGUGGUCGGAAAUCAUCAAGAAACUCGCACAGAGACUCACCAGCCAGACUUUUGACAAGACACUCCGGGACUUUGAUUUGCCCAGACGUUCAACAGGAAGCGUGGAGGAUGAGAGUCUGGCGAUCCGCGUCCACGAUGAAUUCAUGAACCUGGACAUGGAUCCAUGGACUGACUUUCACUAUGUUCAGCUGCAGAAGCCAGACAGCAAUCGCCCGAACUGUGUCAUUUUUGGGUCCAAUGACUUCAAGCCCGCGGGAUAUUUGGCCUACAGUGCCACUGGAAGAGUUCAGGGGAAGUUGGUGUACGGCAACUACGGCCGCGGUCAGGAUCUGGACGCAGUGCAGAAGAAGGACGUCGAGCUGAAGGACAGUGUCCUGCUGCUCCGGAAGGGAAAGAUCACGUUCUCAGAGCAGGUGGCGAACGCUGCGGCGAAAGGUGCCUCCGCUGUUCUGAUCUAUCCAGACAGUCAAGAUUACAACUAUGAAGGAAACACCGCUCUGUUUGGACACGUCCAUCUGGGUUCAGGUGACCCGUACACCCCCGGAUUCCCCUCCUUCAACCACACCCAGUUUCCUCCUACACAGUCUUCUGGCCUUCCUACAAUCCCAGCCCAGACAAUCACAUCCAACAUGGCCAACACUCUUCUACAGCAAAUCGGCGGCCCUGAACCCGACGCCAGCAGCGGAUUCAGCGGUGGCUUCCGCUCGCUCUCCUACAGACUGGGAGGCAGUGAGAACGUCACUGUCGAGGUGAACAACGCACUGGUGAACACACAACUGCGCAACGUGUUCGGUGUCGUCAAAGGAUUCACCGAUCCUGAUCGCUACAUUGUCCUCGGAGCUCAGAGAGACGCCUGGGGUAAAGGUUACACCAGAGCCAACGUUGGAACGUCUGUACUGCUGGAGCUUGCGAAGGCCUUCAGUGAGAUGGUGAAGAAAGAUCAAUUCAGGCCAAAGAGAAGCAUCGUGUUCGCCAGUUGGAGCGGGGGAGAGUAUGGAAAUGUCGGCGCCACUGAGUGGUUGGAGGGUUAUAUGUCCUCCAUUGGCAAAAGUGUUUUCACCUACAUAAGCCUGGAUGGACUGGUUAUGGGUCGAGGCAACUUCAUGGCCUCAGCGAGUCCUCUGCUCCACAGCCUCAUUGAGUCCACUAUGAAAGAGGUGAAGAGUCCACUCGGUUCUGGAACCGUGUACGACAUGGUGGGACAAAGCAACUGGGAGGCCAACGUAAUGAAGCCCAUGUCGAUGAAUGACCCUGCUUAUCCCUUCAUAGCCUUCUCUGGAAUUCCCUCUCUGUCUUUCCACUUCACAUCCCCUAAUACCGAGUCCUACACGUACUACGACACCAACCUGGACAACAUGGAUCACCUCAACUACCAGACCAACCACCACACCAGCGAGAUGACGGCGGCAGCGGCACAGUUCGCCGGUGUGAUGGCGGCGCAGCUCGUCCACGACCACCUGCUCAGUCUGGACGUGAGCCGCUACGGGGACGAGAUCGACAAGGCAGUGAAGCUGAUCUACAACCACAUCAAACAGCUGCAACGGUCUGGUCAGCUAAAGGACCUGGAUCUCUCCUGGUUGAUCCAAGCACGAGGCUCUUUUUACCGCGCUGCAGAAAGCAUCGGCAGAAGCAUCGCCAACAGCGACUUGGAAAACCCCAAAUCCUGUCGACUCAUCAACGACAAGCUCAUGACGGUGGAGCACUUCCUCCUCUCACCCUACGUGUCUCCCACUCAGACUCCCUUCCGUCACAUCCUGCUUGGCCGCGGCUCCCACACGCUGGCGUCCGUCGCCAAGAUCACCGACAUGGACCAGCUCCGCGUCCAGCUGGCUCUGGCCACGUGGAUCCUGCAGGGCUGUUCGUACGCCAUGGUGGGUGACAUCUGGGACAUCCAUGACAAGAUCUGAGAUGGAGGGCGGAGACAAUGCGUGAGCGUGGCAAAAAAAACAAAACAACCAAAACAAUUCAGAUCGAGUACAGGGAAGAGUGUGGUAAAAUCAAGACUAAAAUUUGAAUUUCUUUUUCCCUCUGAAUUCAACUCUUCAAAUUUACAACAUCUGAUUUUCACUUUUGUUUUUCAGUGUUAAAAAUUUGACUUGUACGUAUACGUACUUAGACGUUCAGUUAUCGACAGUUGCAUCUGCCAACGUAACUCAUUUUCAAGCCAGAAUUGAAUUUAAACACAUAAUGUACCUAAGAGUAUGAGUGCCACAUCUAAAAUAAAAAUGUGAGAGAUAAAAAUGAAUACAACAGCAUGAAUUCUGAGAUUAAAGUCAGACUUUUUUCUUUCAUCUCAGAAUUCUGACUUUAAUUUCGGCGUUUUGACUUUUUUCCAAGAAAUCUGACUUUAAUCUCAGAAAUUAAUCUCAGAAUUCAUGCUGUUUAAUUUCUUUUACUUUCACUUUUUGUAUGUGACCCUUAUACUCUUUAUUUUUUUAGAAACUUUAUAUCUUCUUAUUAAAAAAAAUUGGAUAUUGAAAAUUUCCAUUAAUGAAUUGAGAGGGGAAAAUAAUGCAUAAUUUCAAUGCAAACAAGAACAUUUCUUUGCGAGGAAAAAAAACAAAACAAAUCCGGUACCAGGCAUCUUUAAGUCUGGCUACGAGGAAAAGAUAUUAUUGACUGCUGAGACCAUAGAAUCACUGAGAAACCAUUAUUUAUAUGAAUACUAUUUAUUUAUUUAUCAGUGGCAGUGCCCACUAUAAAUGUUAGCGCUUGUCUUUUUUAUACGACAUUAUCGGGAGCAGUGCCUUCCAUAAUUAUGACGGUUAUACUGUCGCAUUCUACGGCAGCAUCUGCUAUAACAACAAUGAACACGAACGACGCCUCAAGUUUAUUAGUUUUUUCUUCGAGUGCAGGAAGAGUUUGCACGAGGGCGGCACGAUAUUCGGAAAACAUGGGACAUUAAGGCUGCAACUACUAAUAAGUCGAUAAUUUUCUCGAUUAAUGGGUCAGUUUACAGUAAACGAUAAGAAAAUAACUAGUUUAAUAUGAA